AUGGCCUCGUUGUUAUCUCAUGUCGGUGACACGUUGGCUGCAGCUCUGUUGCAAGCUCGAGGCAUCGCCCCCCUUCUAGAUCUGCCAGCGACGCGUUGCAGCCUCCAUCAGGAGCAGGACCAUGAAAACAAUGUUGUCAGAGUGCCUAAGCGUCAACGCGAUGAGACUCAGGCGCUUGCUGGUGACAACGACGAAGAAGACGUCAAGCCAGACAUAGUGGAUUCCUCGGAUGAGGGCGAAGAGGAGCUGAGCGUGCUGAAGGGACAGCUCUCUCAGAUGAUGGAACGGAUAGAUAAGAUGGCGCGGAAAAAGAAGAGGCGCAAGAUGUCUAAAGCCAAAAGGGUCAAGAAGGAAGAACCGGUCGCCGAGUCGUCCUCUCGGCUAUGUUUGGUACAGGGAGAGACGAUCGACUUGACCUUGAGCGAUUAG